AGUUCAAAGAAAUCUAGCCACGCAUGUUUAUGUUCUCAACAGCCAUGAAAAAUAAAUCCCAGCAAAAAAUCAUAGUAAAAAAAACUCAGAAACGACAAAACCCAAACUAUAAAGAAUUGCAAUUUGCCGAAUGGUGUGCUGUUGUCCGGAAGCAAGGCUGGGCGGUGAAGAAGCAGAUUUCAGGGUCCUCUUUGCAGAUUGGAUUCGGGUCCCUCCGAGUAGGCUGGGCGGUGACUUUUCCUCCAAUGUGCAGAGCAAUCUCGUGCGGCUGUCCUCUUCUUCUGCUAGUGAACAACAGAGGCGGAUGGCUGGGAUUUUGGGCGGCUCUUGACCUGUUGCACAGAACAACUCUCUUGCGUCUGUGUGGCUGCCUUUCUUUUUGCCGAGUAGCAUCUAUAUAUAUCAAGAAAUUAGAACCCUUAUUUCCUUUAACCCUAGCAGACAUGGGUUAUGGGCUUUAUUUUGGGUCUGGACUGCAGUUGGCCCACACUUAGAAAACAUAGCCCAAGUCUCUUUAUUUCUGCACUGUCUAUUGUCAAAACCGUCACUUUCAACUUAAAUUCUGUAUUGAUACAGAAGGAACUGGGUUGAGCUCAUAAAACAUCAAUUAUAGC